CUCGCCUGGCCGGACCCGGCUCCCCGCGGGCGGCAGGGGCGGCCAUGCGGCUGCGCGCCCUGACCCCCAGACCACCGGGAGGGUUCGCGCGCGGAACCCGGUCGCGCCAGCGCCGGCGCCAGCCAGAAGAAUUAACCUCGAGUCUGCACACUUUUAAGAACAAGGCCUUUAAAAAAUCCAAAGUGUGUGGAGUUUGCAAACAAAUUAUUGACGGUCAAGGUAUUUUAUGCCAAGCCUGCAAGUAUUCCUGCCACAAGAAAUGUGAAGCCAAGGUGGUGAUUCCCUGCGGUGUGCAAGUCCAACUGGAACAGGCUCCAGGGAGUUCCACACUGUCCAGUUCGCUCUGCCAUGAUAAACCUCUGUGGCUCGUCAUCCUGAGUCCCACCAUGGAGGAGGGCCAUGGGCUGGACCUCACUUACAUCACGGAGCGCAUCAUCGCCGUGUCCUUCCCCGCCGGCUGCUCCGAGGAAUCCUACCUGCACAACCUGCAGGAGGUCACGCGCAUGCUCAAGUCCAAGCAUGGGGACAACUACCUGGUAUUGAAUCUUUCAGAAAAGAGAUAUGACCUUACAAAGCUUAACCCAAAGGGCGGGAAAGGAUGCAUAGGAGUGGUCAUAUCAUCCUACAUGCAUUUCACCAACAUCUCAGCCAGCGCCGACCAGGCCCUUGACAGGAUUGCAAUGAAGAAGUUUUAUGAUGACAAAGUUUCAGCUUUAAUGCAGCCUUCCCAAAAACGGUACGUUCAGUUCCUCAGUGGGCUCCCGUCCGGAUCGGUGAAAAUGAAUGCCUCUCCCCUGUUCCUGCAUUUUGUCAUCCUCCACGGCACCCCCAACUUCGACACAGGUGGAGUGUGCCGGCCCUUUCUGAAGCUCUACCAAGCCAUGCAGCCUGUGUACACCUCCGGGAUCUACAACGUUGGCCCAGAAAACCCCAGCAGGAUCUGCAUCAUCAUCGAGCCGGCCCAGCUUCUGAAGGGAGAUGUCAUGGUAAGAUUGGGGAAGAUGCCAGGUGAUAGAAUCCACCCUGCCUCUGACAGCAUCCAAUCUGGAGCAAAGGCUUCUUUCAACCCUCCCGCAAGCUUCCAAUACAAGCCCAAAUUCUGGAACAAGUCUUUUCCAAAACCUCCUUCAGAGAAGCUCCCUGGCUCCAGGCAGUGCUUGCUCCCCUGCCUGCAGCAGGAAGCCCAGCUUGCGAACUGCAAGUGUGCUCCAGGUGGUCCCUGGAUGCAGGGUAUUGACAGAUGGAUCCCAUCGAUACGCCUACUGCAUAACCAUGUAAGCACAUCAUCCCCCACUUGCACAUGAGGAAACGGAGUUCCGCAGGGUGGAGAAGGGAAGACAUAAUUUGUCCUUCAAAUGCGAUACCGGUGAGAUGUGAGACGCAGCAUCCCUCAUAACUAAGCGAGGCAGUGGGCACACCAGGACCCUCCCAGGCAGAUCGGGUGUGUGGUCGCCCGCAUUGCAUAGCAUGGGCGGGAGUGGGGGAGACCACAAAUGUGUCUCGCCACCUCUCCACUUGCCUGACCUCCCUGCAGACCCCCAGGACAGGGUUAGCAUCUGCUUACUGGCAGGCCUGGCCACCAGAGGUCUUUGCUCUUUUCUAAGUUCCUUGUGGUUGUGGUUCACAGGAUGGGGGCUGCUCCUGAGAUUCAACACCACACAGGCACUGCACAGAACUGUGCCAUGGUGGUGGGCACUCGCUUUCCAGAUAGGGCCCAUGUUGCCAGCAGGCAUGAUGCCUCAUUUACCCUACCCUGAGUGCAAUAGGUCGUUUUAUAGAAAAAAACUUGGGCCAGUCGUGGUGGUUCACACCUGUAAUCCCAGCACUUUAGGAGGCCAAGGCGGUCAGAUCACAAAGCCAGGAGCUCAAGACCAGCCUUGCUAAUAUAGUGAAACAUUGUCUCUAUGAAAAAUACAAAAAAUAGACAGAUGUGGUGGUGGGUGCCUGUAGUCCCAGCUACUCAGGAGGCUGCUGCAGGAGAAUCCCUUGAACCCAGGAGGCGGAGGUUGCGGUGAGCCAAGAUCAUGCCACUGCACUCCAGCCUAGGCAACAGAGCAAGACUCCAUCUCAAAAAAAAAAAAAAAAGAAAGAAAGAAAAGUAAAGGAAAAAUAUUUGUAGAUGAAUGAAGGUGACUCCUUUGAAUAUUGGAAAUGAUUUUAUUUUAGCCAUUGGUCUGGCAGUCAUUCUGAUGGGGUGACAUGUGUCCCUGCCUUAGUCAGCAGAGCACAGGAGUGUGCUACACCUCCCCUCAUCUGAAGAUUCAGCCCGUGAGCAGGAACGCCUGUCUUUGUGUCAUACCAACAGAGAGGAUGUGUCUGGUUUCACCAUUCACUGCAGAGGCAGAAAUUACCCAGAAAGAAGAGAUAGUCUGUUCCCGGGAGUGUGUCCUUUUGACUCAGCAUGGGGGUCAUCUCCCUUCCUUGGCCAGGUCCCCCAACCUGAACACAGAGGCAGAGAACAUGUGAAGGGCUCACAUUCGCAGGUGGUCCAGGGUACAAGCACUGAGCCUGUGGUCCUGGUCACUGCCCUUUUCUCCACAGCAUGGCUGCCACCAUCCUGGGCUGGGGCACAGAGGGGCUUUGCAGAGAUCAGCAUAACAAAAGCAUCAGUGAGAUGCUGCAAUAGCAAACCGUGAUACCUUCGUGGGCUGCCAAGGCAGCCUAAGCUAUUUGCUGCUGAACUCAGUGUCCCCAGACAGCUGUGUGGCUGUCACUGCCUCUGGUAUGUCCAUUUUACUUCUCUCCUUCUGCCUGAGCUUCUGCUCUGAACUCUGUCUCUAACUUACAAGAAAUCAAGCUCACUGGAUUCUGAGCUCUUCAGGGUCAAGGACUGUGUCAGUAGUAAAUGUCUCUUUCUAGAGAUCACAGCUUAGUAUCCGGCACAGAGCAGAUACUCAGCCAAUGCCAAAUGAUUCAUUUGCCAGAAAGCUGAAUUUCAUCCAUAAUCCUAGUCAAUGCAAAUACAUUCUGCCGGUGGGGUGUGUUUGUCCUCUGAAGGCGUUUUCCCAGGCUUUGUAAAUACAUACAGGCCAUUUAGAAAUUUGAAUGUCAAAGAAUAAAGGAGCUUAGAAAGUAAACAUUGGAGAAGUGUGGGAGGGUGGUAUUAUUUGCAAGACAUUAUUUGGUCCUUGUGAGUUCUAUACAUCCUCGAUGAGCACCGAUUCUGGGCCAGGCCAGACACCCAGCUGGACCCAGGAGAUACUGAGGUGAGUAAAGCCAAAAUGCCUCCCUUCAGCAAGAGGCAGGCAGUCACACCAAAGUGAUAAAGGCACAAAACCAAGAGGCAGCAGAGGAGCAAGGACUACCUUGUUCCUGGACUCUGUGACCUCAGGGAGAGCUUUGA